CUUGUCCCCGAGCAGACCGAAGCCUGGAGAAGGCAUGACAGCAGACAUGUCAGACAACUGCAGCAGCGCCCUCCCUCCGCGCAGGGCUUCUGGCGAGGUUUGCGGCAGCACGGAUGCCCUCCCCUCCGGUGGAGCCAGCCAGCCACAGGUGCAGCAAGAGCAGGUGUUCCCGUGACCCUCAUGCCGCUGCUGCAGCAGUGGCUGCCUCUUGUUGGCAGCCUGGCCGACAGGAAUGGGGCCCUCAAGUGUACCUUCUCUGCAGCUAGCCAUAGUAGCGGCCUCCUGCAGGGUCUGGCCACCCUUCGUGCGCAGGGCCAGCUGCUGGAUGUGGUCCUCACUGUCAACAGUGAAGCUUUCCACGCGCACAAGGUGGUCCUGGCGGCCUGCAGCGACUACUUCAGAGCCAUGUUUACCGGCGGCAUGCGCGAGGCCAGCCAGGCGGUCAUCCAGCUGCAGGGCGUGUCUGCACGCGGCCUCCGUCACAUCAUCGACUUCGCCUACAGUGCUGAGGUGACCCUGGACCUGGACUGCGUGCAGGACGUGCUGGGCGCCGCUGUGUUCCUGCAGAUGCUGCCGGUGGUGGAGCUGUGCGAGGACUUCCUGAAAGCUGCCAUGAGCGUGGAGACGUGCCUGCACAUUGGCCAGAUGGCCACCACCUUCAGCCUGGCGUCGCUGCGCGAGUCGGUAGACGCCUUCACGUUCCGCCACUUCCUGCAGAUCGCGGCGGAAGAGGACUUCCUGCGCCUGCCGCUGGAGCGCCUCGUCUUCUUUCUGCAGAGCAACCGGCUGCAGAGCUGCGCCGAGAUCGACCUGUUCCACGCGGCUGUGCGCUGGUUGCAGCACGACCCUGCGCGCCGAGCGCGGGCCAGCCUCGUGCUGCGCCACGUGCGCUUCCCGCUCAUGCAGCCCGCCGAGCUGGUGGACAGCGUGCAGACGCUCGACGUCAUGCUGGACGACGCGCUGUGUCGCCAGUACCUGCUGGAGGCCUUCAGCUACCACGUGCUGCCCUGCCGCCAGCAUGACAUGCAGUCGCCACGCACGGCCGUGCGCUCGGACGUGGCCUCCCUGGUGGCCUUCGGAGGCACGCCCUACACCGACAGCGACCGCGCCGUCAGCAGCAAGGUGUUCCAGCUGCCCGAGCCCGGGGCGCGCCACUUCCGCGAGCUCACGGAGAUGGAGCUCGGUUGCAGCCACGCGGGCGUGGCCGUGCUGGAUAACUUCGUGUAUGUGGCCGGUGGCCAGCACCUGCAGCACCGCAGCGGCGAGGGCGCCGUGGACGCCUGCUACCGCUACGACCCGCAGCGCAACUGCUGGCUGCGGCUGCAGGCGCUGCGGGAGAGCCGCGUGCAGUUCCAGCUCACCGCCCUGGGCGGGCUGCUGUACGCCACGGGUGGCCGCAACCGCGCAGGCAGCCUGGCGUCCGUGGAGCGCUACUGCCCGCGCCGGGACAGCUGGGACUUUGCCUGCCCCCUGAAGCGCCGCAUCUGGGGCCACGCGGGCGCCGCGGCCGCCGGCCGCCUCUACAUCUCCGGUGGCUACGGCGUCUCAGCCGAGGACAAGAAGGCACUGCAGUGCUAUGACCCCUCAGCCGACCGCUGGGAGCCCAGGGCGCCCAUGCGAGAGCCCCGGGUGCUGCACGCCAUGCUGGGCGCUGCAGGCCGCAUCUACGCCCUAGGCGGCCGCAUGGACCACGUGGACCGCUGCUUUGACGUGCUGGCCGUGGAGUACUACGUGCCCGAGGCCGACCAGUGGACCAGCGUGGCCCCUAUGCGGGCUGGCCAGUCGGAGGCCGGCUGCUGCCUGCUGGAGAGGAAGAUCUACGUCGUGGGCGGCUACAACUGGAGGCUGAACAACGUCACCGGCAUUGUGCAGGUGUACAACACGGACACGGACGAGUGGGAGCGGGACCUGCACUUCCCGGAGUCCUUCGCGGGCGUCGCCUGUGCCGCCGUGCUGCUGCCCCGCGCCGGCCACUGCAGGUAGCCUGGGAUCCCGGACUGGCUGCGUCCCCACAGACGUCAGAACCCCAGCCCCGGGGUUCCCCACCUCCCAGCGCCGAGCCAGCAGAGGUCUGGUCUCGGAAGUUUAGGCAUUGUGGUAGUCACUGCCCAGCGGGUGUCCUGUGGGGCAGGGCCUCCAUUUCCCUCAUCCUUAGCCAGACGCUCAGCUUAUGGACGGAAAGCGUCUCCGUGGGAACCGCCUCCCCGUCUCCUGACUGGUCUGAGAUCCUGGCUGUGCCGUGGGUAAAGGCACUUGCCACCAGGCCUGGAAACCAGAGUUCUGUCUUGGGACCCACAAGGCAGAGGGGCUUCUCAGCAUUGUCCUGUGGUCUCCACGUGGGCACUGUGGCGCGCACUCGUGCACACAAUCAAAUGGGUGUAAUUUAAGAUUGCAAAUCAGCUUGCCUGGUACCCCGGCAGCAUUCAGGAUGCAGGAACCCAGUGUGCCUGCCCCAGAGGCACCCUGCCAGGGCAGAUGCAGAAUGUCUUCAGCACCAGCUCCCUGGCCCACCUUGACUUGUGGUGUGGACUUCUGAAGCAUCCCUAAGAGGCCCCCUGUGCAGUCAGGGACCCAGCAUUGUUUGUGUGUGCCAGUCCACUUUUAUAAGGAGACAGAACCAAGUGAGGCAUGGCAGCCUGCUGUUCCAGUACUCUAGAGGCCGCUGAGGGAGGAUCAUUGCAAGUUCUAGGCCAGCCAGGGCCACAGAGUGAGAGCCUAUCUCAAAUGACAAAACCCACAAAAACCAAAACCAAGAAACACAAAAGCCAACUCAGAUGGCCAGGGAGGAGAGUGAGCUGGGUGCCCAUCUCUCAUGCUGGCUGCAGGUAGCCGUCCUCCCAGGUCUGGUCCUUCCAUGGGCUCCCCACCCUGGGGUGGGGGCAGUGGGGAUGCUGUCUCUAUGAGCCCCAGCAGCCUCACCGAGAUGGCAACUAUGCUUUGUUUUACUGUUUAAAUGCUGAAGUCUUAUCUUCGUGUUUUGUUUCAUUUUCUCUUGUUUACGGAAGCCACAAGACAGAUGGAUAUUGCCAUUGUGUGGCCACUCACUGCAUGAGAAAUUAACCCCACUGUUUGGCUGCGACCUCUGCUGAUCAGUUCUUUUAUUUAAUAAAGACUUUAUGGUGGAAGGA